GGAUUAUGUUAACCCUGAAGGAAUAUCAUAUUACAAUAACCUUAUCGAUGAACUUCUCGACAAUGGUAUAACACCAAUGAUAACUAUUUACCACUGGGAUCUGCCUCUUCGCCUAGCCGAACUUGGUGGUUGGUUGAACGAAGAUAUUGCAAAUUGGUUAGGAGAUUAUGCCAGAGUAGCUUAUCAAAAUUUCGGAGACAGAGUAAAGACCUGGCUAACAAUAAAUGAGCCAUUUAUUCACUGUAGCCUUGGCUAUGCAUCUGGCAAACACGCGCCCAGAAUUGUUUCUCCUGGUGAAGGCUUCUACGAAUGCGGUCGCAAUGUGCUUCUCGCUCAUGCAAGAAUGUACCACAUUUAUUACGAUGAGUUCAAAUCGCAAGGCGGCAAAGUCAGUCUGAUCUUCAGCAGCGAUAUGGCCUUCCCUCUCACAGAUUCUCGUGACGAUGCGGAAGCAGUUGAAGAUUAUUUUGCCUUUACGCUUGGCCAGUAUGCGCAUCCAAUCUUCUCACCACAAGGCAACUAUCCUCAGCGACUCAUAUAUAGGGUUGGUAAUGCUAGUUCGGCUCAAGGUUAUAAACACUCCCGCCUUAAACCCUUCACACCUGAACAGAUAAACUAUAUCAGAGGAACUGCAGAUUUUUUCGCCCUGAAUAGUUACUCCAGUUAUUAUAUAUACAGAAAUGAUUCGUUGAAAGAACUCUUUGCAACGCCUUCAUAUGAAGAUGAUCUAUACAUCGGUACCUACACUGAGCCCCAGUGGACGAUAGAAACUAGUCCGUGGAUGUAUGGAUUCGCCCCAGGUUUAUACAAUCUUCUAGUGUACCUUAAGAAGGAGUACAAUGAUCCUGUUAUAUACAUCACCGAAAAUGGUUCGUCCGAUAAAAUGGGCUUCUACGAUGAAGAUAAAAUAGAUUAUUACAGAGGCUAUCUGAAUGCUGUUUUGGAUGCUAUCGAUGACGGUGUAGAUGUGAGGAUGUAUUGUGCCUGGAGUCUAAUGGAUACAUUUGAGUGGAAUCAUGGAUAUUUAAUUCGAAUGGGCUUGUAUGAACUGGAUAUCAAUGACCCAAACAGGCUGAUAUUUUCUCGGAAAUCAGCCUUAAUUUAUAAGGAAAUUAUAAGAAGCAGAAAAAUUGAUCCCGACUAUAAUCCAGAACUAAAUGGUUUAUAAUAUUUUAGCAAACUAUUCAAUUGUACCUACUUGUUGGCAAAUUUUAAUAAAUACGAUGUUAAAUAA